AAAUGACAACUGUCAUAACCUCACUUUUCGUACUUGAAAAGCCACCAAAAUAACAAAAAGGGGAACCUCCAGGAAAAUCGUUAAAUCCUAAGGAUUGGGAUCAUGCCACUGUGUGCAUACUUUGUGAGUGGGAAGUGCACCUACGGCAACAAAUGCCACAACAGCCAUGUCGAUGUUCAACAAAUGGUCCAGGCUGAGAUGAAGGCAGCAAUUCAGGGCAAGCAGUGGCCUCUGAGUUGCUUCAGUCCCUUCAAAGAUGAGUCUCCAUUGCCGGAUUUCCUCGAGGAUCAGUCAUUUGAGGAGGUUAGGUGGAAUUUUGUCCUGGCCAAGGUGGAAAAUCGCCUGCCACAGUUCCAGGAGGAAUUCAAGAGGGUCACAACAGCGGCCUUCGAGAAGAUGUCGAAAUUGGCAAUGCCUGAUGCCGCAGUCAAGAACUACCUGGUGGACAUUUACGGAUUAAAUGGGAGAAGAAGUAGACAGUUGAAGGCAGGAGGAGCUUUUGGAGGUGGAUUUGGGAUGUCCAGUGGAGACGGUGGAGGAGGUAGGUCGAUAUUUGAUAGGAUUUCCAGCAACACCACAGAUUCGUCGGCGAUUUUUGGUGCUCCGAGUGGGGGAACGUUCGGGGGAGGAUCGGUUUUUGGAGGUGGAAGCGCAGGAUCGAGUUUUGGGGCUGCUCCGGCGCCGCAGAAGAGCAUUUUUGGCGGGCAGAGUAGUGUCUUUGGGGGGCAGACCCAGCAGCCAGCUCAGUCAAUUUUUGGACAGAGCCAGUCUACAAAUUCCUUCUUCAAGCCGCCCCAAUUGGGAGCUCCUCAGGCUGUCAGCGGAGGAAAUAUUUUCAGUCAGUCCAUGCAGCCCCAGCAGCCGGCUUUUGGGGCUCCUGCUACAUUCACCAACACCACGACCAGUUCAAUCUUUGGGGGCAGUAGCUUUAGCAAUACACAGCCCAUGAGCACGGAGAGUAUCUUCGGUGGAGGCUCUGCGGGAUCUUUUGCGCAGAAUCCUCCGGCUUUUGGGCAAAGUGCUCCGCAAUUUGGACAACCAGUACUCGCAGCUCCUGCCUUUGCUGCUCCUGCGCCCCAGAGUGUCUUCGGGCAGCCGGCUCAACAAGCCCAGAUGUCAGGAAGCGGCUUUGGGCAGAUGAAUAUCCAGCAAGUGCAGCAACCUGUUCAGAACACCUUCCCAGCAGCUCCACAGCCUCCUGUUCAGAGUGUCUUUGGCAAUGUUCCUCCUCAACCUCAACCGCAACCCCCCGUCAGCUCCGUGUUCAGUGCUCCCUCUCAGUUUUCCGCCCCGAGCGCCCCCCAAUCCAAUCCAACUUUCUUCGUUCAGCCAAAUCCACCCCAAUCCACCAAACCUGCCCAUUUGUACAGUAAGAUGGAAGAACUCACACCGCAGGACUUGGAAGCCUUCCGUGCAGACUCCUUCGAGCUCGGAAAAAUCCCCACAGUCCCUCCGCCUGCAGAAUUGUGCGGAGUUUGAAAGACACUUUUUUGUUUGAUAACUCUUUAUUUGACCUAAAAAUUCCUACAAAUCCUCAAUAAACGCUGAUUCUAUCUGAUAA